AUGUCGCUUGAACAUGAAGGCUCUCGUUCGCAAAUGAGUCAAUUCCGAUGCAACAUUGGUUGUCAGAGAUCAUUCCACCAUGUGCGCAAUCUCGAAGCACAUUUGCACGUUCACGAAAGGCCCCGACCGCUCGACCGCGUACUACCCACGUCAUCGGCUGCUGAACGAAGUCACCUCCAAGUUCUUAGACAACAGCGCUCUCGCCAAGAGUUCUUUCGCCGACGCCGCAGACGACAGAAGAACCUCAGAAACAGUUGGCCCGACUGCGACGUCGAUGGCUCGCCCCGCAUUUGUUCAGCCGUUGUUAGGCCAUGA